AUGGGCUCCAAAGUGAACUGCAAACUCCAAUACCAGCUCGUGUGUGCCAUAUGGUGUCUGACCUUCAACGCCGAAAUCGCUCGCAAGGCCCGAUCCCUUGGCGUCAUCCAGACACUCGCCGGCAUUUUGAAUGAAGCGACAAAAGAAAAGGUGAUCCGAGUUAUCGUGGCGACUUUUCGUAACAUCCUGGAGAAGGCCGGCGAGAACGGGCAGUGCCAGGCCGUCCGAGAGCGAUGGGAUAUCGUGAAGGCGCUGGUACAACUGCUGGAAACAGCUUCUGAUCCGCUUGUGCUUUGCGUGGCGGCUCAUGACCUCGGUGAAUAUGUGCGGCAUUACCCUCGCGGAAAGAAG